AUGGUACAGAUCAGGUCUUAUGCCGUCCUCGCGGCACUCCAAUUCCUGACAGCCAGGACGGCGGCCGGCCCUCUCGCCUCACCUAAGCGCGGCCUAGCCUUCACGCCGAACGCGACCACGCCCCAAGACAACUCGAUAUGGAUCCAGGAGCCUACGGACCUAACAUGGUACUACAACUACAAGCCCACGCCAGAGUCUAUCUACGAGGACUCCAAGCUGGAGUUUGUACCCAUGCUGUGGGGCGCACCCUCGAAUUUGGACGACACCUCGUUCCUGUCAACCGUGAAGACACUGAUCGAGGACCGCGACAUCAACAUCACCCAUGUGCUCUCGUUUAACGAGCCGGACGGCCCGUUUGCCUAUGGCGGGAGCAACAUGCAGCCGGCUGCCGCGGCGCAGGUCUGGGUCAAGAACCUGAUUCCCCUGCAGGAGAUGGGCGUGCGUGUAGGCCUGCCGGCUUGCACAGGAGCACCCUCGGGACUUGUCUGGCUGCAGAAUUUCCUGUCGGAGUGUUCUAAACUGGUCAGCACCGGCGACGAGACGAGGAACUGCACGUAUGACUUUGUGACCAUACAUUGGUACGGCAACUUUGAGGGGCUGGCCAGCCAUAUGGGGUCAUAUUCCGCUGCGUUUCCGAAUAAGACCAUGUGGAUCACCGAGUACAACUUGAACAACCAGGAUCUGGCGACGACGCAGGCCUUUUACAACAUGUCGGCCGAGUACUUUGACCGGCUGGAGUUUGUCGAGCGCUACUCGCUCUUUGGCGCCUUCCGCAGCGACGUGUCAAACGUCGGCCCCAACGCGGCGAUGCUGAGCGCCGACGGCAACCUUACCGACAUUGGAGCCUGGUAUCUGGGGCGCCAGGGAACCGGCAUCAGCCCCUUGCAGGUUGUGUGGUCCGGAUGGCUUAAUAAUUGGGUUGGAUACUAG